ACUGAAACCUAAAGUUUUCGUUUGGCCGCGUAAAGGUUUGCAAAUGUGUGUUAUCUUUGUUUAUUUGACUAUGUAAUAUAAUAUAAAACAUCAACUGCAAUGAUCAUCGAUGACUCAAGUGUUGUAAACAAAGUUUAGAGUUCUUUCGACUCAAUACAAAUCGUCCGAUGUGAAAAAUGUUUCUUUAAUUUAGUAGUAACACAAUGUUAAAGAUUUACUAUGAACAACCUGCCUUCUACUAGUAAAUCAAAACAAAAUGAUGGAUUUGAAGACGAUGAAAUAUUCGAGGACUCUUCGUUGCUGGCCGAUUUUGAUAAUUCCUUUGUGCAAAGAUCUAAGUUCUCUGAGAGUAACUUAAAUGAUUCCAGAAACAAAAGUGGACUUAACAUUAGUGCUUUAUGUUGUGAUGAGGAGAUCAGUGGAUAUGACAAGCUAACUGGCAAGACAUGGAUCUACCCAACCAACUACCCAGUCCGAGACUACCAGUUCAAUGUGAUCAGAGCGGCCAUACUUCAAAAUACUCUGGUCAGUCUACCGACAGGAUUGGGUAAGACGUUUAUAGCUGCAGUGAUAAUGUACAACUUCUACCGCUGGUAUCCGCUGGGCAAGAUAGUGUUCACCGCACCAACUCGCCCAUUAGUUGCGCAACAAAUUGAUGCAUGCUACAACAUUAUUGCUAUACCACCCAAUGAUACUAUAGAAAUGACAGGUCACAUGCAAGUGAACACAAGGAAGGAACAUUGGAAGAACAAAAGAGUGUUCUUUGCCACUCCGCAAGUAAUUUACAAUGAUAUGAAGUCUGGUAUAUGUCCUUGUGAUAAAAUCCGGUGCCUGGUGAUAGAUGAGGCUCAUAGAGCUAGAGGAAACUAUGCGUAUUGCCAGAUCGUAUCCACUUUAGAUGAUGUUGGUCAUAAAACGUACAGGAUACUGGCAUUGUCUGCCACUCCUGGAAGCAAGGUUGAAGAUGUUAUAAAUGUUGUAAAAAAUUUACAUAUAGCUCACCUGGAGCUAAGGACUGAAAACUGUAUCGACGUAGCGCCGUAUAGCCACGCUCGUAAGAUCAAAACUGUGGUGCUAGAACUAGGAUUCGAAUUGACUCAACUUAGGCAGCAGUAUAUCGAGAUUUUAGAUGGGUACGCUAGAAGACUGAAACAGAUGAACAUACUACCUCCGAACUUAGGGAAUCUGUCUAAAGGCCGGAUUGUGAUGUUGUAUAAAGAGUAUCAGACGAAAGAUCGAAGUUUGAGGCAUCCGCAACACAACUACAUAAUGAAAGACUUCACGAUCUUGAUCGCUCUGUACCAUGGACUGGAGCUGCUAGUCCAGCACGGUUCUAGAAUAUUCCUCAACUUCUUCGAUGAACACCCGGAGAAGUCCUGGAUGCAGGCUGAUGAUAGACUCACAGCCUUGCUGGAGAGGCUACGAGACGAUCUGGGAGUAAACCCAUUGUCGUUAGACAGGAGUAUACUGCCUGAUGGGACAAUACCUGAGAUGCCAAAAGACUUGACAUUCGGUCAUCCCAAGUUUGAUAAACUGAAAGAAAUAAUGACAUAUCAUUUUGCUAAAGCACAGCAACUGAAACAGGAUACACGAGCAAUAGUAUUCUGCGAGUACCGUGAGAGUGUGAACCUGGUACACUGCCUACUGCUGCAGUGUCGCCCUCUCAUCAAACCGAUGAUGUUUGUUGGACAAGGUGCCUCUGGCAAAGACGGCAAAACGAUAGUAUCUCAAAAGCAGCAGUUGCGUGUGAUGCGCAGUUUUCGUGAAGGACAGUGCAACGUGCUGGUGGCCACGUGUGUCGCCGAAGAAGGGCUCGACGUCGGCUCCGUAGACCUCAUCAUCUGCUUCGACAUAUCCACCAAGUCACCCGUACGAUUGGUCCAGAGGUGCGGACGAACGGGUCGAGAGCGUGGAGGUGAAGUUUUUAUUCUGGUCACUGAGGGCCGAGAACAUCAGACGUUAAUAGAAUGUAUGCGACAACGAGAUGGGUUGAACAAGAAGGUGCUUCAAUCCAAAGAGGUCGAGAACAACCUGUACAAGCUGAACCCUCGUAUGAUCCCCCACGACUUCAUGCCACAAUGCCAGAAGAUGUACAUCACUGUAGAGAAGAAACAGGAUCCGAAAGAAAAGGUUAAAGAAGGGAUUGAUAAGGCUAAGAAGGGACAAAAAGACCUGCGCGCAAUGUUGGCUCGACCGUCUACGUCUACAAGUUCGAGAGAAACUGACAGUAAAGCUUUGAUCACGGAAGAUGAGUUCAAGGAGUUGUUUCCUGAAGGAUAUAGCAGCACUUCAUUGUUUGCUAAACGUCAAGAGUACUGGGCGAUGAGUAGAGGAAAAUUAAAAGAUAUCAAUACAACAGAUGGAACAGAACUGAAACUAAGUAAUUGGUUGGAAUGGCAGCGGACUCUACAGACGACGGUGAACGUACAACACUCGAGGGAUGCAGAGAUACUGGCGGAACUGCUGCAGUACAGUGAUGCUAAGAGAUUCGACAUGCCUGUCUCUACGCAAAAUCCUUGUUUCGGCAGCCAAGAACUUCGUUCCCAGCCCCUCGUUUUAAGGUCUCCAGCUAAAAAUAUGUCUCCGGCAAAAACAAACAGAUCUCCAGCCAAAAUCAAUAAACAAACAAUCAAAAAGAAACAAAAACUCCCUUUAACAAAGCCACAGGAUAAAAAAGAUGGUGAUAUUCGAGCUCUAUUUAGUACUGCAACAAAAUCGACUAAAAAUUACACUAAACUUAUCAGUGACUUGGGUCUACAAACUGACAGUGGUGUGCCUACACGACUUAUAAGCUUACUCGUAGACUUAACCCUCGAAAAUACAAAUACUAAUAAGAAUUGUUACGUCUGCCAAAACAUUUGCGCUUGCAAUCUUUUAAAAAGUAAAAAGGAGGAUAAUAAACUUCCAAUGGUAGUUUUAGAAUCUAUAAAACAACCUAGACUACCUGACAUAUAUUUAAUCGAUGAUUUUGAUGCAGAAACAAUAAUGAAGUGUAUGAAGAAGUCUGAUGAAGAUGAUGAUGAUGUUAAUAUGGAUAAUUUUGAUUUAGGAGACGAUUUUCUUUGUGAAAGUCCCGUGUACGGUUCUCCUAUUGAAGAAGACAAUAAGAAAGAUGUAGUGGCUGCAGCUACAGAUAAUUUUGAUAUAGGUGACAUUGAUGAUAUAUUUGCUAACAGCAGUCCGGAAGAAGCCAUAGAAAAAGAGAUAGAUAAGAACGACAAGCCUGUGAUAAAAGCCGAAGAACGUUUGAGAAAAGACGAAGUGCUUCCAAACAAACCGGAAUUAUUUACACAAGGCCAACUGCCUCAAGGCAAAAGCGAAGUACUUGUAGGAAAAGGCCAAGAGCUUCAAGACAAAAGCAAAAUGCUUAUAAGAAACGACGAAGAACCGAAGGAAGCUAAAGACACUCUAGGCUUCUUCGGUUUAGACAGCAUUGAUGACAUAUUUGCUGACGACGAAAUUGACAAUACACCUCCAGAACCAACCCAAAAUAAAACCAAAGAUAAACCAACACAAAACACUAAAAUCAAUAGAUCACCUUCUAUACAAUAUCCCCUCAGUCCCUCUAUUCUAUCUGGUAGGGUAAAACUAGAUGUGCCGACUUCACCUAUAUUGUGCAGUCAACCUCGGAAAUUCCAAUUAAGCACGAAAAAGAAUAGAUCACCGAAUUCUAUACUAGAUGCGCCUAGUUGUAGAAAACAAUUGAUUCAAGAUUCAACACACAAUAACCUUGAUAUGGCUGAGCAAUCUGAAAGUUCUAAGAGAGCUAGUCUUAUAGAUACUAGCAACAAAAGCCUAAUGACGAUCACACAACUGGUAGAAAUGAUAAAUAAAACUGGUAAUGAAUCGACAUCAAUAACAAAUGCUUCCAAUAGAAAGCAAGAAAAAGAAAGAAGUCUCUCUCCCAUACUCCUAACGCAGGCUGAGAAGAGAUCCAUUAUCCAUACAAACUCAAUAGACAGACCCGGUGUCAGUACAAACGCUUUAGACAAAUCUAUCGCUUCUACGUCCAUAACUAAAGACAGUCUUAUCGUACUAGACAGUGACAGUGAUUCAGACGGCACACAAGUUUAUGACGUCACAGAAUACUUUAACACUAAUAACAAUAGUAAAAUACACGAUACUAAUAUCAGUCCCAUGGCAAACAAGAGAAAACGAGACUUAGACGAUAGUGAAGUAAUAACGGCCUCUCCGUAUUUCAAUAAGAAACAGAAAUUAGACAACGAAACCGCCAAAGAAAUAACAUUACAAGAAAGAGUGUUAGCAGUUAUGAAAAAGAAUAAAAACAAAAUCAUGAACAAUGACAAAACGGUACUGAAUUGUGUUGUGUCGCAAGGAUUCUUGUCUCAGAAGGAGAAUAAAAAUCCUCAGCUUUUGAACGGUGAUGCUGACGACGAAAAAAGGGAUGAACAACAAAAACAAAUGAAUUUAAGCAUGCUACAAAUGUUCAGACGGGAGAACAAAGUUCAAACAGUCAGGAACAAGUUCAGCACAAUAUUCAAAACUCCCAAAUCCCCUCUUCUCGAUAAACGGAAAAUAGCUUUUGAAGAUAGCGAUGACGACUUUGAAGAUGACAAAAACUUUGGUCCUAGCAACCGUACGGGGAACAAAAUGGAUGACACUUACAGAUCUACAACGAAUCACAAAGUACGGAAAAAAAAGAACAAAAAUAACGAUUUCUUGGAUUUGGAGGCUGUACUGACUGAUGAAGAAGAUCAUAGCGGUGAUGAGCUAUCUGACGAGAGCAUCGGUAGCAUAGUGGACUUUAUAUGCGAUGAUGAUAACACCACCCACCACGAGGAUAUACAAGCUGUUUACCUCAAGUCUGUCAAGAGCCCCGUAAGAGGCGGCGGUUUCAAGAUACCAGAAUUACCAAAGAGGUUUAAUAAGGAAGAUAUUUUAUCUCAGUAUGUUGAAGAAGAUUCAUAUGAAAUGGAUAGUUUCUGUGUUGACUCUAACAUCGGUUUAACACAAGGGCAUGAAAUAUCAGAGCUAGAAUUAGCCGAAAUGAAAUUAGAGGCGAAAAGGAAAGCAAAGAAAAAGUUCAGGCGAAUAUGUUCGCAGGAGGAAAGUCCGGAUAUGGCAGUGGUAAAGAAAAAUAAACCUAAAAGGAGACUUAUUGAGAGUGAUUCUGAAGAUAGUUCUUAGACGUAUAAUUAGUAAAUGUAUCUGGUGCUAGAAGAACAUAAUUAUAAUAUCUAGGAGUAGAGUGGCUAUCUUUUGUUAUAUUUUUACAUUUACAUGAAGUCACGUACUUUUGAUGAGAUAAAACUAAAAUAAACGAAUGUGCGAAUCUCCCAUCGGCGUCAGAUUUUGUAUAAUAGCUCGCAAGUCUAACUUUCGUGUGCCAUAUUAUAAGUUGGACAUUGUAAUGCAGUAAGGUACAUUAGUCUUCAGUGAAGCUCUUUAUAAGAUUUGUUACAAUUAACAUUCAGCCGGCCUGAAUAUGUCACUGUGAUAUAAAUUAUAGUUAUGAUUUAAUAAUACUUUGUAUUCAUUUUUAAGUGAAUUCUAAUUGCGACUUGUCACCUAUUAUGUAAUUAAUGUUAAGUACUUGAUAAUUUUCUAUGAAUACUUGUAAAUCAUGUUGUAAAUAAAACAUAUUGUAUUGCUCUUACGAAUUACGUUUUAUUUCCGAUUUUCGUCAGUCUAGUACUUAGGAAAUAAUAAGAAAUAUAUAGUUCAAUUCGAGCGAGUGAAUUGGAAGUUUGCUUGCCAAAGAAAUACUCUUGUUUACAGAAUUUUAAAAUAAUUAAAAAACAGCUGCUAUGUUUAUGCCAAGAUCGUUUUCAAAUGUUUGUAAACAAAUGACAAAGGUACGAGUUCGGCGGUCUGAUUGGUUGGUUCAUUGGAGCCGGCCAAUCACAACGCCGAACGCGUACUCGUUACGAUUACUUUAAACGUAAAAGAAACUCGUACUAUGACCUCUGUUCUCACCAAAUAGCACUUUUCAGCGCUUUUAUUCUUCUGCUAUCACCAAAAUGAGUGAGGACAAAAAUGAAGAAAGUUUUACUCUCAGGACCGCUACAAGUUAUUAUGGAUCUUAUUCCAAUGAUUUUAGAGUUCAUAUUACUUUAUUUCGAUACAAUCUACUGUACCAUGCCGCCGGUGAGCGUCGGCCCUUAUAGUCUGUUUACAAACAUUUCACUUCGAUCUUGGUCUAAUUAUAGUAGAAUCACACUUCAUAAUGGCCUCAUUAUGGCAAAUCUAAUAAGUACGGCUCCAAAGCGCUGUCAGCGACGCGUAAGCACGCGGGCGCCUCGACUACACCUCGGUGGACCUCGCGCUGGUCACCGGCCGUCGGCUUUUUGUAUUGACGUUAUAAAAUAUAUCAUACGACAUACGAUUUAAAGUUCAUAUUUAAAUGACAACUUAAUUGCUGUGUUGGAGGCGUGCUUAUUAGAUGAACCUUUACGGAGAUGCGGCGCGUCUCCGUGAAUGAGGCUUUACUGUUUUGUUUAAUUUCUUCAAGUCUAAA